UUUUUUUUUGACGAAUUUCCUUAUAUUUUUUGUUCCUAAUACAAACAAUUGAAUGUCAAUUAUUAUUAGUAUAAAAUGAGUUUUACUUAUUUAGAACUCGACAACAAGAUUUCUAUGAUCAAUAUUCAUCAUCAUACAAUGAUUCAUAUUAUUGGCAUGAAAAUAAUUCAAAUUCAUAUGAUAUUUAUGGUUCAAUACUGGUGGAAAUUCUUCAAUUUCAACAUCCAUCUCAUACACUUUUACAACAAAAUAGUUUUACUCAACAAGUUUAUCUUAAAUAUGAACAAGAAUGUCUUGAUGAAAAACAUUUUCGUCAACAUGUAUUUGAAGAUUUUCAACAUGAAACUCUUUGUAAUCAUGAAGCUGAUCAAUUAUAUGGUUUAGAAAAAUUCUGGGCAUUUUUAAAAUAUUCUCGACAAAAACCAAAAAUCAAUCCAAAACUUGAAGAAAUUUUAAAAAACUAUAAAAAUCUUGAAGAUUUUCGUGUUGAUGGUGCAUCAUUUCCACAACAAUUUUUUCCAACAAAAUCAAAUUAUAACUGUUCCAGCACCCGAAGCAAUUGCUGGUGCAGUAGCAAAGAACAGUGA